AUGCACACCGUUUUUCGAAUUGGUGACAUUCGAAAACUUGAUAAGAAAAGUCCACUUUAUGAAGUGGAUCUUAAACUUACCUCAGAUGAUGACCAACAGCUUCGUCAAUUAACCGACCGUAUACGAGAAGAGGUCGACCGCACUGGAUGGCAUCGAAUGGGUCAAUUGCUGCUCAAAAUUGGUCAAUUUAACAAGGCCGAAGAAUUGUACAUGGCACUACUAGAACAAGCAUCCAACGACAGUGAUAAAGCACAUAUCUAUCACCAGCUUGGACGGUUGAAAGACGGCCAAGGGCAAUAUACAGAAGCAGCUUCAUUUUAUGAAAUGUCUCUCGAAAUCUAUCGAAGAACUCUACCAGAAGAUCACCCUUCAUUAGCUAAUACCUACAACAACAUCGGUGGAGUGUAUGACAACAUGGGUGACUACUCCAAAGCAGUGGAAUUCUACAAAAAAACAAUUAAAAUAAAAGAAAAAGCUUUGUCUCCUGAUGACCCGGAUUUGGCUCUGUCCUACAACAACAUCGGUGGAGUGUAUAAGAACAUGGGUGACUACUCGAAAGCACUUGAAUUUUACGAAAAAUCACAUCAAAUCCUCGAAAAAGCUCUGCCUUCGAAUCACCCUCAUUUGGCUAGUUCCUACAACAACAUCGGUGGAGUGUAUAACGACAUGGGUGACUACUCGAAAGCACUUGAAUUUUACGAAAAAGAUCUCGAAAUCACGAAAAAAGCUCUCCCUCCGAAUCAUCCCGAUUUGGCUACUUCUUACAACAACAUCGCUUCGGUGUAUGAUGACAUGGGUGACUACUCGAAAGCACUUGAAUUUUACGAAAAAGAUCUCGAAAUCACGAAAAAAGCUCUCCAUCCGAAUCAUCCCGAUUUGGCUAGUUCCUACAACAACAUCGGUGGAGUGUAUGACAACAUGGGUGACUACUCGAAAGCACUUGAAUUUUACGAAAAAUCACUUAAAAUAAGAGAAAAGGCUCUGCCUCCAAAUCAUCCAGAUUUGGCUUAUUCCUACAAUAACAUCGGUGGAGUGUAUAAUAACAUGGGUGACUACUCGAAAGCACUCUCGGUCUUAGAAAAGGCACUUGCUAUUCAACAAAAAACACUUCCGUCAACACAUCCUCUAAUUAAAGUAACGAAAGGUAACAUUGAUUAUGUUAAAAAGAAAAUGUAA